GCCCUGUUAUUAACAACGAAUCAAAGUGUGUGUGGGUGUGUGUGUGUGUGUGUGAGGUGUAUUUAAAAAGCUCGAGGACUGUGAAUCAACCGCGCAAACAAGCGGGCUGUCGGAGCAUCACCGCCUGCAGGAGCGAGCAGGUGCGGCGCAUGCGCAAAGGGAUGAACGUAGAUGGGGACUGCAGCAUGUCAGUCAACUGCGGCAAUGGAAAGCUCCGGCAGUGGCUCAUCGAUCAGAUUGACAGUGGCGAGUACCCGGGCCUGGUGUGGGAGAACGAUGAGAAAACCAUUUUCAGGAUCCCGUGGAAGCAUGCGGGAAAGCAGGACUACAACCGAGAUGAGGACGCGGCACUUUUUAAGGCCUGGGCUCUGUUUAAGGGGAAGUACAGGGAAGGUGUGGACAAGCCUGAUCCCCCAACAUGGAAGACGAGACUCCGCUGCGCCCUCAACAAGAGCAAUGACUUUGAUGAACUUGUGGAGAGAAGCCAACUGGAUAUAUCAGACCCUUAUAAAGUCUACAGAAUCAUCCCUGAGGGAGCCAAGAGAGGCUCCAAGUCCAAUAGCAUUGAGGACAGCUCAGCCCACGUGACGCCUCUCACUUACCCCAUGCACUCUUCAUAUCCUCCUCUACAGUCUCAGAUGUCCAGCUACAUGCUGCCUCAGGACAGGAGAGACUGGAGAGACUUCGGUCCUGAGCAGCAGCAUCAUCCGCCGCCGCACACGGAGAUACCGUACGGCCCGUAUUCAUCCCGGCCUCUACAGUGGCACACACAACCCUGCGACAAUGGGUAUCAGAUUUCCGGAUCCUUCUACACAUACACUCAUUCAGAGUCGCAUCCCGUCUCAGUGGACCCGAGUAUGAGAUCCGCAGAGGCCAUGGCUCUCUCUGACUUCCGCCUGCAUGUGUCGCUGUACUACCGUGAGACUCUGGUAAAAGAGAUCACCACCACCAGUCCUGAAGGCUGCCGGAUCUCGUCCUCUCCUUCCCCGUCGUCUCCGUCCUCCCCGUCGUCCCCCUGCAUCGAGGACAGGCUCUUCGGCGGGCCUGAACCCGUACUCUUCCCGUUCCCGUACCCACAGUCGCAGCGGCGUGGCGCUGAUAAGCUUCCCAACCUGCUGGAGCGUGGCGUGCUGCUCUGGCUCACGCAUGACGGACUCUAUGCCAAGCGUCUGUGCCAAAGCAGGGUGUACUGGGAAGGACCGCUUGCGCCAUACUCGGACAAACCCAACAAGCUGGAGAAGGAGCAGACCUGCAAGCUUCUGGACACACAGCACUUCCUGUCAGAGCUGCAGGGUUUCAUCCAUAACGGACGUCCCGUGCCCAGAUACCAGGUGGUGCUCUGCUUUGGAGAUGAAUAUCCUGAUCCUCAGAGACAGAGCAAGAUGAUCACAGCUCAGGUGGAGCCGAUGUUUGCCAGACAGUUGGUGUAUUACGCCGGGCAGACCAGCGGGCAUUACCUGCGCGGUUACGAGCUGCCCACUCAGGGAACCCUACCUGUGGAGGAGUACUCCAGAAGUCUGCAGCACAUGCAGGAAUGACGUCCCGGCUCGAACCUCCUUCGAUGGACUUGUCCACAGAAACCCACUUUCCUCUCAUCUGCACAGUUUCUCAUCUCUAAAAACCCUUCCAGACCCCGCAUGCAGGAGGAGAGGGGACAGAAAGGUAACUACGUGUCACCUGCCCGUCUACCUUCAGCAGACUCGUGAACAGUAAACUCAAAGCUGUGCACCACAGAGGCAUGAAAAGAAAUACUGAUCGUGUGCUUUAUACAGUAUUAUAAAUAUGUAUUCCCAAACUGUUAAACUCUGUCCUUGGUAACAUUUUGUUUUAUUUGCAAUUAGUACUACGCUGUGUUCCAAAUUUUUGUGCAAGUGACCUAUCAGUAGGAUUUCAAAUAAAUAAACAUUUAGUUUUUAUUUUUUCAGUGAAUGUUUUUGAUUGUUUAAUUUCUCCUAUCAUUAUAGGUUAAAUUAGAUAAGUUUAUAGUUUGUUAAUUAGUUUUUCAGAUGACUUUAAUUAAAGGUAAACCUACAGAACCUAAAGAGGUUGUUCCACAUUAUUAUGCUGAUUACAGUUUUCACACCAUAUGUGGUGGAAGAAAGAUCUGAAGAUGAAAAGCGUGAAAUAGGGCAAACCUCAUCAAACUGUGAAAAGAUUCUGGUGUUAUGGGCCAGAUGAAUGGAUGGUCCAGAUGAAUGGACUUCUGGAUGGUUGGUGAAUGUCCACAAUGUUUCAACAAGACUGAGAUGUCAGCAAGAAGGUCCCAGAGUGAUGAUUGUGUAGUGAUGGUGGGGUUGGGGAAAAGUGGGUAAGGUCUACUGUUGGACUACUGUUCGGAAGGUUAUAAGUUCAAAUUCUAGGGCCACCAAGCUGCCACUCUGAAUAAGGGUGUCUGCCAAAUGCUGUAAUUGUUUGAAGUGGUUAAGGAUCUGGUUUGUUGAUCAUAAGUUCAGAGUUCAAGCCCCAGCACUGCCAAGCUGCCACUGCUGGGUAAUAGAGCAAGGCCCUUAACCCUCCCUGAUUCAGGGGUGCUCCUGUACUAUAGCUGCUCCUGUACUCUGACACCCAACCUCCUCAGUUGGGAUAUGCUGGCAAUAAUAAAGGCUUGUAUGCCCCAAAUUCAUUUCAUUCAUGAUUUGAGCAGGAAUAUUGGUAAGUUAGUUAGAUGGUUCCUUUAGGAUCCCCGAUGGCGUCAAAAUGACCACAGAAAAAAACAACAACAACAAAAAAAAAAAACAGACCAUUUCCUGCCAUGAUAUAAGGAAAACUUUAUUUUUAAAAAAAUCAUACCAGACAACACACCAUCCCAUCUCCAUAAAGGAAGAAAACAUCAUGGUUUUGAAGAUCUAUUAGUGAUGGCAGGCAUAUACAUUAAAACAGCAGCUCUGGGGUUAGUAUACCUCAAAACAGCAGCUCUGGGACAUCCUCCAAAGACAUACAGGCAGUUCAAUGGAUGAGAGAGAGUUGUUAAAGUGAUGUCAAAAGAUGUCUGAAUUUUGACCUAUUAAAUGUAUUCAAACUGCGCUGUGCAUAAUGAUAUAAUAAUGACAAUAAUGACAUAAUAUUACAAUAAUGACAGGUUUAGCUUGUUCCAACAUCCACAAGAUGAUAUAAUAAAUAAUCCUUAAUCACAUGUGCAUAAUCUUUUGGAACACAGUCUACUUUUUUGAACUUAGUGUAGAAUAUUCUUUAUUUUUCUCAGCUAUCUUUGCAAUUGAAAAAUCAAGCUAAAUACGCUUCCUGUUUACAACUUAAUCGAGUGUCUAUUUAUAUUUGUACUGUAAAUUGUGCAUGUGUGUGUGCGUGUGUGUGUGUGUGUGGUGUGAGUUUUUUAGGCGUCUCAUCUUGAAUGUAAUUCUUUUUUCUCUGUUGAAGUGGCCAAUACUAAGAAAUUGAGCUUUGAGACUUCAUAAGCCUGAAACUUUAAGCAGGUUAUCUUUUUCUGGUGCUCAAUGAGUGUGUAUAUGUGUGUGUGUGUGUGUGUGUGUGUGGUAGACUGAGUGCUGAUGGGAAACUGUCACAUGCAGGUUACUGGCCACAGUGUUGUGGUAAAAUGCUGUAGAAAGGUCGAAAGAGGAGAGGAGGGGAAAGACAUCAAUGUCUCUAUUUUUCUAUUUUUCUGUCUUAAAAAAAAUCAGGAAAGUUUUGUAAAGCUGUAUUUUUGUAUCUUGUUAUAUACCUUUUCUAUAAUCAUGCUAUGAAUGAAAAUAAAGAUUUCUCUGUUUCUUAAA